GAAUAGAUACAUUCCCCCAGGCCCGUACUCAGCAAAUAAUUUUUUUCUCUGUAAAAUUCCGCGGCGCAAUUUAUGUACUAAAAUCAAACAAAAAAAACUUUUCUUAUCACACGCCGUAUGUGGCGGGAAUUUUCCCCCAAAAACGGCAGAAAGAAAAAAAGGAAAACACAACAAUGUACGCAUGUGCGAUGGAUGUUUUCCCAUGAAAGAAGGGGGAUGAAAAUGGUUCUCAAAACCUCCCCCUGUGGCCGAUAUGUGAUGCUGUUACUCUCGGGUAGUAUUGAUUUUUUGUUGUGUGUGCCAUUCCGAAGCAUGUUCCGUGCAUUCGUGUACAUUUGAGGACACCCCGGGGGUGCCUACUUACCUGAUACGUAAAAGAAGAAAAAAAAUAAUCACAGCUAAGAGAACGUUCUGUGUUGUAAAAAAAAAUUGAAACGUGUGGUGUUUUGGCUGCAAUGCAGACCUAAAGGAUGAAUCUAGCUUGGGUGCUAGUGUGCCUAUUUGCGGGCGCUACCGCACGGACACCGUUCACGGAGAAAGAUUCACGACUUAUCCGGAUGAAGGGGGAUGUGAUACUUGGGGGGAUUUUUCCGAUGCACGAGCACCGGCAGGAUAGCCCCGAGUACCCAUGCGGGGCUGUGAAGGAGGAAAAGGGUAUCCAACGACUUGAAGCAAUGCUGUAUGCCAUCGAUCUCAUCAACAACGACCCCCAAUUGCUACCAAAUCUCACCCUUGGGGCACUCAUCAUCGACAGCUGCAGCAGCGAUACGUACGCCCUGGAGCAGAGCAUGGAAUUUGUCCGGUACUACAUGAAUCAGGAUAUGAGCGAGUACAAGUGCGAAAAUGGGAAACCCCCCACCUAUAUACCCCAUCUGCCUGUAACUGGGGUCAUUGGGGCAUCCUUCAGUGUCGUGUCAAUUAUGGUGGCCAACAUAUUGAGACUUUUUAAGAUUCCUCAAAUCAGCUAUGCCUCAACAAGUACGGAGUUGUCUGAUAAAUCGAGAUUCGAAUAUUUUAGUCGUGUCGUCCCACCGGAUAAUUUUCAGGCAAUGGCAAUGGCGGAAAUUGCAAGGGCCCUGGAUUGGCGCUAUGCCUCCACUGUGGCCGUCGAGGGGGAAUAUGGGGAGAAGGGGAUUGCAUCAUUUAUAAGUAUUGCUGCUCAACUUGGUAUUUGUGUGGCGGUAUCGCAAAAAAUUCUUCGAAAUAGUAAAACUGAAGAUUUUGAUCGUAUCAUUGAGGCAUUGAUACAGAAACCUCAAGCAAGGGUGGUUGUGAUGUUUGUCGAUGAGGAUAACGUGCGGAAGCUGCUGCAGGCGACAAUCCGAGCCAAUAGAACGGGGCAUUUUUAUUUUAUUGCCAGCGAUUCAUGGGGUGCAAAAAUGUAUCCUGUGCGUGAUCAGGAAUUUGCUGCUGUCAACACGAUCACCGUUUUACCCCAUCGAACGAGCCUUACUGGCUUCGAUGAGUACUACUUGUCACUACGCCCGAAAUUAUCACCUGAUGACUGCCUACCUGGAAGUUACGCUUCCCGCUCAUCAACUUCGGAAACCAUUACAAAUUGCCGAAAUCGGUGGUUCAAUGAGUUCUGGAGUCAACAUCAUAAGUGCAGCUUUGCACCCAAUUCACGAACACCGUGUACGGGAUCUGAAGGGGUACAUGGGUAUGAACAGGAGGGUUUGGUACCCUUUGUGGUGGAUGCUGUCUAUGCUAUAGCAUAUGCAAUUGAUGCAAUCAUCCGUGAUGUGUGCGGUGGCCCAGAUCUCUGUCCUGCACUACAACCAGCUCCUCUUGGUGGGGAUUUGCUCAAGUACAUUCACAAUGUGUCAUUUGUUGGCCUUCAGGGGACACGGGUACGUUUCAAUAAGGACGGUGAUGCCUAUGGCUUCUACAAUGUCUACCAAUAUCAACAGAGUGGCAAAAGGUAUGACUACGUCCAAAUUGGCACGUGGAAAGAGGGCCUAGAUCUCAAUUUUGAUGCCCUUCAGUGGAUUGGGGGGCAUCCACGAUCACUCUGCAGUGAACCCUGUCCCAUUGGCUAUGUACGUAAUUAUCAGGAUGCAUGCUGUUGGGCAUGCGUCAAGUGCCCCGAUGAUGCCUAUGUUAACAACGACACCUGCAUAACGUGCGAACCUGGUUGGGCACCGAGUGAAAAUAAAACUUUCUGCUUUAAACUCGAAGCUGAAGUGAUUGAUUGGCUAACCCCAUGGGCUCUUGUACCGCUCACCUUUUCAGCCUGUGGCAUCCUCUGUACUCUCUUCACGACAUGCGUCUUUAUAAAGUAUAACAAAACUCCCGUGAUCAUGGCAUCAGGACGAGAACUCUGCUACGUUCUUCUUGUGGGUGUUCUCAGUUGCUACUGCAUGAGCUUUGUGGUUCUAGCACGGCCCACAGUGUAUCGAUGUGCCCUGCUGCGGGUCGGCCUGGGCUUGUGUCUCAGCAUCUGCUACAGUGCAAUAUUCACGAAAACAAAUCGCAUUUCACGCAUCUUCAAUCGUGGCGUUAAGAGUGUUCAACGGCCAAUCUAUACGUCGCCGCUGAGUCAAAUUAUGAUCUCCCUGAGUGUUGUCCUCGUGCAACUGCUCGGCUCAAUUGGGUGGCUUCUAAUUGAGAGUCCGGACAUUCGGGAGAUUCAUCCCUUUCCCCUGUCCGCGGUGCUAACGUGCAAAGUUAGUACAUUCUCACUCAUCAUGUCCCUCGUCUACAACAUGAUCCUCAUUAUCCUUUGCACCCUGUACGCCUUUAAAACACGCAAAAUCCCCGAGAAUUUCAACGAAGCCAAGUACAUUGGCUUCACAAUGUACUCCACGUGCAUUGUAUGGCUCGCCUUUCUACCCAUUUACUUUGGAACCAACAAUGAUUACAAGAUUCAGAUAUCAAGCAUGUGUAUGUGUCUCAAUAUAAGCGCUUCGGUGGCACUGGGAUGCCUUUUCACGCCAAAAGUCUAUCUGGUGCUCUUUCAGCCCUACAAAAAUGUCCGACCAGGCAAUGGAAACCAGCGCGGUGGAAUGGGAGAAGCUAAUCGUCUACCAUACAGCAUGCGCUUUGGUGGGGUUCGCUCCCAAACAAUGCAAUCAAUGGCAAGCCUAUCAAAAUCCAGCCCACAGACUGUCCACCGUAGUCUCACGGAUGACAAUGUGGCAGUUAUUACUCCCACCAAUAUUGAGGAUAGCAGCAUAACCUAGACCACGGCUAGUUCAGCUGGACCCUCUCAAAAUUAAAAAUAAAUUGUGUCUAGUCGGCAUUACCAAAAAGAAAAUGAAUGAAAAGUAAAACCUAGAUCCUCAGCUACAUCCCCAAACUAA